AUGUCCCAGCUCGUCCCGACGGUGUUCACCGAGUCAACGACAUGGACUCGGGACUCCCACGAUCUGUUCGAUUACGAAAGUCAACAUGUCGUUCGCAGAGACUUCGCUUUAAACCAAACGGUCAGAUUCGUGCGGAGCAAUGAUGACGUUCGUAUGGAAGAUGCCUCAGUGGAGGCACUCAGUCGCCCUAGGGAGGAGUCGGACUACCUCAUGAAAUGUAUCAAUUUCGACUCAAGGUUUAUGAUUCAACCAGCGGAUAAGCAGUCCGAUGGGAGCCGACUGAUUCCCAAAAGACUAUGGCUUGUCGUGAAAGAGGUGCGAUUCGGACCCCACACCCUCACCGAAGGAGACAUUAUCAAACUUGGUCGAUUCAAAUUGCGUGUUCGGCAGCUAUGUGCAGAUUCCGAAGAUCAACUGGUGCGACCAGACUUGAGCGGCUCUGAAACUGCGACCGCGGCAGCGCGCUGUGCCCCUCCUGAGGCCGAUGGUAUGCCCUGUAGGAUAUGUUUACUGGAAGCCUCCGGUUCCGAUGAGGACGAUCCAUUGAUCGAAGCGUGUGCUUGUCGAGGGAGCAUUCGUUAUGUCCAUCUCGGCUGCUUGCGUCACUGGAUUCAGGGCAGACUGUGCCUCGGGGGAAACGAUGGGCUCAAUGCCCCCCACACAUAUCUGUUCCGCCAACUAGCAUGUGAGCUCUGCCGGGUCAACUACCAAACGAAUGUUAUACUUCAUGAUGGGACCACAUCGCAGCUCGUGCCCUUGCCUGAGACCAAAGCCCCUUAUCUGGUCCUGGAAAAUAUGUCAUCUAUGCACUCAAAAGGCGUCUACGUCAUCUCCCUUGCUGGUAGGAAGGCGUUGAAGCUGGGCCGAGGCCACGAGAGUGAUGUACGAAUAGCCGACGUUUCUAUAUCGCGGUGGCAUGCAACGGUGUCGUUCGCGGACGAUGGACGGUUCAUUCUGGAAGACCAUAAUUCGAAGUUCGGGACGCUGGUGGCGAUGCGACGGCCGAAAUUGAUCAACGCCUCGACAGAUGACGAUGUGGCUGGUGCGGCUUGUCCGAUAUUGACGGUUCAAGCCGGGAGAACAGUUUUCAGGAUCAGCACGAGGAAGCCCAGAAGAGUUGAGUCGUCAGAUGAGAAGACAAUACCGGCAGAAGGGAACGUGGCUCCAGGCCUAGCCGAGCAACAUGUGCUGGCGGCUCAGUCACUAUAGCAACAGAUCUUGGUCGUUGUGGAGACAGCGAGAUUGGGAUUCAUUUCUGCCGUUGUUGACUCUACUCUGUGAGCUACCCUUCAUCGAAUUGAUUAUAAUACGGCUACACGAUUCGGCUUAGCUCUCUUGAGUAGCCUUCCCUGAUUACACCGAUGUACACUUGUUCUCUCGAGUAGUUAGUACUCAGAUAGUUACCCAACUAGUGUGACGUGUUAGACCAUCUCAAUAUCGAUGGUGGUGGUGGUGGUAAUCAUAUUUUUGUCAUCC